GCAGGCAUGAACCAAUUAUCAGCGAGCGAGCGAAAGAGCGAGAGGCGGGAGCAUCUCGGAGCUUGAGGCUUCGUUGACAGAUGUGCCGGGAGUGCCUCACAUGCUUAAUGCUGGAGGGGUAAGAGAGGAACUAUGAGGGUCCGAAACCGACAACGGCCCGCGUUGUUCUUGGUUCAGAAGUUCUUUUACAGAUAAUUAAAUGCACUGACUGGGAGCUUACACCAAUGUUAAUUUGAGCACGAAUCGAUGGAGUCAAUCGGACAUUUCAGCCACCCACACUUGUUGACAAGAUGCUUGAUCAAGGAUAAAGAAGAAGUUAAAUGCUUUGCUUGCACAAAAUGCUGCUCGAAUCAAUACUAUAGCUGCGACGAGUGCCGAUUUUUUCUCCACGAGGAGUGCACAAAGUUGCCGAUGGAGAUCAAAAAGCAUCCCUUGCAUACUGACCACACUUUGAUCCUUGGGCCGACGGCAUAUUACAUCGGAAUCGUCUACUGUGAUGCCUGUGACAAUAGAUGCCGUGGUUUCACAUUCCGGUGUGAGGAGUGUGACUUUGACCUCGACAUUGACUGUGCUCUAAAACUCAUCAGUCCCAGAGUAGGAGGGGUCCCAUUGCUAGUUAAGCACUUCAGCCAUGACCAUGACUUGGUGUUGACGGAGGAGAUUGAUAAGGAUGAAAGCGCUCGGUGCGAAGGUUGUGAUAGGCGCUGCUUGAGCGACACAUACACUUGCAACUUGUGUAAGUUCUUCCUCCAUAAGUCAUGUGCGGAGUUGAACAUGGAGCUCCAACACAGGCUGCACGAGGCGCACAGUCUGAAGCUGCGCACUAGUAGUAGUGUGUACGAUGGAAGAGCAUGGUGUGAUUCCUGCGGGAAAAGGGUUCGUGGCUUUGUGUACCAUUGUGAGAUUUGUCAAUUCGACCUGGAUAUAGUAUGUUCACUGCAAUCGGCUCCUACCUCCGAACCUGGAGAUCAGGAGCAGGAGAGAGAUCAGGAGCAGGAGAAAGAUCAUUUUAGCCAUGAGCACCCGUUGAUCAUUGGAGAGGAGGAGGAGAGAGAUGUCGUCCUCAUAUGUGCAGCUUGCGGUGGUUAUUGCAGCUCGAGUCGUAUCUAUGGCUGUGAGGAAUGUGAAUAUUUUCUCCAUGAGUCAUGCGCGAAUUUACCUCCAACGAUGGAACACCUCUAUCAUGCAGAACAUCCGUUGAAACUCCAGGUGGCAACGUACAACUACUGCGAUUUUUGCGAAAAUCCAAUCGAGGGAUUUACGUAUCGCUGCGAUCAAUGUGAUUUUGACCUGGACAUUGGAUGCGCAUGGAUGCCUUCCAUCGAACCUGGAACUACAAAGAAAGAUGAAGAGGUGAAAAUCCAAUUUUUUGGACAUGACCACCAGUUGACAAGAAGCAUCAAGAAGGAAGAGGAAGAUGUUGCUUGCAGUGCAUGUGAGAAACAAUGCAGUGGUCUGAUAUACGCUUGCGAUGAUUGUGGAUUUUUUCUACAUAAAGGUUGCGCUAAAUUGCCGCAAGAGUGUCAACACUUCUUUCAUCCGCUCCACAAGCUCACCCUCCAGCGCUGUGAUUCGGAGGUUAGCUGUAAUGCCUGUGAAAAGAAGUGCCGUGGCUUCACCUUCUCGUGUAGGGAAUGCAAGUUCCAUUUGGAUGUUGACUGUGCUAUGAGGGUUGAAAAAAUACAUCAUUUCGGUCAUCGACAUUCUUUGAAGCCCACUAAAUUGGAGUCGAACUCUAAGUGUUCAGCUUGCGACCGAUCGUUAUCGGAAUCAAGCCUGAUAUAUGGCUGCCCGGAUUGCAAGUAUUUCCUCCAUGAAUCAUGCGCCAAGUUACCGUUAGAGAAGAAACACCAGGAUCACCAGAGUCAUCCCCUGAAACUCCAAGUUGCAUCAUGUAACUACUGUGAUUUUUGUGGAGAAAAGAUUGAGGGCUUCGUGUACCGCUGUGAUCGGUGUAAUUUUAACCUGGACAUGAAAUGUGUGGAAAUGUUUUCGAUCAGCUCUGAAAUGACGAAGAAAGUUGAAGAAAUGAAAAUAAAAAGUUUCGCGCAUCCCCAUGAGUUGACAGGAAGCAUGCAGAGCAAAGUGGAUAAAGUUGUUUGCAGUGGAUGCAAUAAAAAAUGCACGGGCCUGACAUACGCCUGCGGCUGCAAGGGUUGCAGCUUUUAUCUCCACAAGGGUUGUGCUGAAUUGCCUGGAGAAUAUGCGCACUUCUUUCAUCCAAGCCACAGGCUCCACCUCCAGAACAGUGAUUCAAAGCUUAUCUGUGGCGCGUGUCAAGCGAACUUUCAUGGCUUCACCUUCUCUUGCAAGGAAUGCAAUUUCCAUUUGGAUGUUGUAUGUGCUAUGAUGGCUGAAAAACCAAAUCAUGGUGACUAUAUACAGCAUCUUAGUCAUGGACAUCCCUUGAAGCUCACUAAAAAGGAGUUCAAAGGUCGUUGUUUAGCUUGCAAUCAAUCGCGCUCGGACUCGGACUCAGACUUGGGGAAGAUAUACGGUUGUGACAGCUGCAGUGUGUGGCUCCAUUUUUCCUGCACUGAAUUACCGCAGAAACUUGAACAUUUCCUCCAUGAUUUUCGUAAGCGUGACCAUGAACGUGACUGUGAAAUCACCUUGGAAGCUCGAAUCGCCUCAAUAGGUGGGCAAGGAAAGUUAGAGUGUGCGGCCUGUCAAAGCGCAUGCCGGGGUUUUUUUAUAUACCAAUGUAAACUCUGUGAUCUCAACUUGGAUGUUGAAUGCGCUUUAAUGCCCUCGAGGAUCCAGGAAGGUACCCUGACAAAAAAAUUUCCUGCUGGCCAUGGGCACCCGCUACAGCUGUGUAGUAUCAAAGAAGAUACUAAUGCUCCUUCGUGCUCUGUAUGCUCCAAACGUUGCACUGAUCCUACCUAUCGAUGCAUUAAGUGUGAGACAUUCACAGUGCACGAAUCUUGUGCUGAAUUGCCACGGAGUAUCCAGAAACGUUCUCGUCAUUACCACCAAAUGUUUCUGCGGAAGAAAAUCAGAUUUACAUGUGCAGUCUGUCUCGACAUAAGUUAUGGCUUCACUUACGACUGCAACAUGUGCUCGCCAUCAUUCAGCCUCCACAUUGGCUGCAUGAAUCUCAAGCCCAUCAUACAAUGUGGUGAUCUCAGUCAUUACCUUCACUUCCUCGACAAUAUACACGAGGAUGAUCCAUGUAGGACCUGUCAUAGAGUUAUAUUCUCUUGCUCCAGCAAGGAAAUGGAAGUGGAAACUGAAAACAAACAGGGACUUUUCCGUUGUGUGAUCUGUAAGUACAGUCUCCAUUUACUAUGUGGUCCAUUACCUUGUCUGAUCAAGUCCGACAACCACAGGCACGUUCUACAACUGAAGGACAGGUUUGUUGAGGACGAUUCGGGUGAGUAUUAUUGUGAUGCUUGUGAGAAAAGAAGGGAUCCAGACAAGUGCGUCUACAAAUGUUCUCAAGAAAAUUGCCCAUACGUCGCUCACUUUGAAUGUAUGAAACCUGAGGUGCUACGUUUACUGAAGGGUGAGCAAAAAGAAAAAGAAGUGGAAUUAAGAUUUCUUGGUAGUGAACGCAUUUAUAGUAAAGUUAUGAACGAAGUCCAGGACAUGAAUGAGGAAGAUGCAUCCGGUAGACCAAGAGAACAGGACAUACGGACCUUAGAGGAUUUGCUAGAAGCUUUCAUUCAAGACGAACAAACCAAACUCCCGGGCACUAUUCAGAUUUUAAAGAAGGAAACGAUAGGAACAGGGCAUUCAUCUUUUUGGGAGCGACUGGAAGGUAGUGGUAGCACCGCAGAUGUUUCCCCAUACUCACAGCAAACUCUCACCCAGUUCAUGGACCGGACAGAACCAAGCAUAGAGAACUUAGAGUUCUCUGCGAUAUUCUUCGAAGACGAAGAACUUGUCGAAGUUGACAAAUACAGAGUCAUCCAGAGCCUGGCCCCUACUCUAAGGCUGCUGCUCGAGAAGCGCGGAGAUAUAAGCACCGGCUCUAAGUUGAAGUUAAAAUCAAGGAGCCUGAUCUUUAACCUGCUGUGCGGGGCAAUACGCAGCAUGUCCGCCACACCGGUCAACAAGCUCUCGGAGACCUUGCUCCAUGAUUGGUGGAACCAGGUUAUGAUGGCCAAACAUGCAGGGUUCGAGAUCCAAUUUGCUUUGGAUCAUUUGAAAGAAGUUUUUCGAGCUUACUUUGCUCUCCGAGCGGAAGAAAUUCAGAGCCACAGGCUGCUAGAGAUGGAAGAUCAAAUCGGAGCAUGCCAAAAUCAGGCAGCAAAAGCAGAAGAACUGACCCGUACAAGCAGGCAGUAUGAGGAAUCUGCAGAAGCAAGUUUGAGGCAGGAGCUGCUGGGCAAGGUGAAGGCCUUAGAGGGUGAAACAGUCGGCAGAGGGUUGUUGUGAUGCUCAUGCUCUCAUGGGCCUAUGUUUCUAGAGACAAUAUAAGACGAGGUUGUACAAAUGGGUUGUGGUAUGAAUUUGAGUCACUCGUGUACAACUCAUCUAUCUGUGUACUGCAUUUGCCAUUCUCAUAAAUUUUUCGCUUGAUGGAGGGUUGUUGGAUUCUAACAGAUCUAGCUGCUAUAGAACAGAUUUGGAAGCAGUAGCGACUCUUGCAUCGAAAUUUAGCGGUCGAGAUGUUCGGCUGUUUGAAGGAUCUGCUCCAUACCUGCUUCUCUUUAAUUGUAUCUUUCACCUCCUCGCUCACCUAUUAAUCACAAACGUUUGGUUCGCACAAGAAGUGUCUUUGUCCGUGUUGAAUGUUCGGGAACAUGUUACCC